AUGGCGACUCCACGCAUCUCUUGCGCCCCGCAACCCUCUCCUUCCCGGCACAACAGGAGUAGGAGCAAGGAUGCCGAGGCGGUUCAGUCGCGAGGAAGAGUAGGAAGAUCAGGCAGAGAGGGUUUCACACACCUCUUCUACACUGACAAGUCUUUGCAUUCCAGGAUUGCCAUGGGAGCUUUGGAUGGUGGUCUUGAUCUUCCGCACAGUGACAGGAGAUUUGCUGGCUUCAAGAAGGAUAAGAAGCAGUUGGGCGCUGAGAUUCACCUCAAAUACAUCUAUGAAGGUCAUGUUGCUGACUACAUGAAGGCUUUGCUCUCCAAGUGCAGAACACUUUCCCACUCCCCAUCGAUGACGAUCUUCCUGGUAGCUCUUUUAGUACCACAGAAGUUAUUCCGAAAGGUCAUUAAGCUUAUUCUAAUGCCAACUUCUGUAGAGGUGCUUGUCCUGGUUAUUACAGAUUUCUUGAAACAUAAUAACUUGCUUCCACAAUUGUGGAAUGAUCAUGGUUUCUUUGCAUUCCUGUACUUUCAUAUGAUUAACAAUUUCAUGGCUAACCUAGGUAACAAGCAGACAUCAUUGGCAUUAGCCAAUGCAUUUCCGUUAAAUGCCCUGCUGGCCGAGUGCAACUUCGUUCUUCUUUAG